CACACAAACAUUUGUAUAUUUAGAAAAUCGCGACAUCGCUGGUGUUGUGACGUUUGCCAUAUUAUUUUCUAUGCCUUUAUUGAUAAGGAAGCCAGUGAGUUCUUCCGGUGUCUUCACGAGCACUUCCGGGAUUUUCUGCAGUGAGGCGCGGUGACUAGCUUCAACAGCAAAACAGCUUUAGUUCUCAUAAGCUGUGAGAUGGCAGAGCCUCGAAGUCAGGUCUCAGCUUCUUUGUCCCAGAAGUCCAUGGGAUUUUCAACCUCGGAGGGUCCAGCAACAGAGAUGGACCCGGUAGAAUACACCCUCCGCAAGAGGCUGCCCAGGAAGCUACCAAAGCGGCGCAAUGAUGUCUACAUCAACAUGAAGACUGAUUUCAAGGCCCAGUUGGCCAGAUGUCAGAAGCUGCUGGAUGGCGGUGCAGGCCACAGGGAGAUCUGCAUUCAUGGCCUUGGACUUGCUAUCAAUCGGGCAAUUAACAUCGCUCUGCAGCUGCAGGCCUUCAGUCAGGGGGCACUUCAGCUUGCUGCCAACACCUCCACUGUAGAGCUCAUAGAUGAUCUAGAACCUGAUGAUCCAGAUGAAGCCGGAGAACCACUAACACGCACACGCAACAACUCUGCCAUUCACAUCAAAGUGUUUUACGCCAAUGCAUAAAACAGAUCCCACUCCAAGGCUUAAGGAGUUCAUUUCCACAUUGAAAAUACAUGAGAAAAGGACAAGCCAGUGUGUGUGUUUAGUUGUAGCAAGAUGUAAGCCUUCUUCUUCGUUAAUGUGUUGAAUAUUGUUGAAGAGAUACUAAUCUCUGAGACAUGAUGAGACUACAUGGUGUAAAAUUAUAUUUCUGUUUGAACUGGAAUUUAGAAAAGCCUUUGUGUACUGAUUAGACCUACUAGUGCCAGUUCACUGACAGAAAAGCUGUGACCUGUGUCUGUAAAAAUAAUUUAUGUUGGUGUUUUAUUGUGGAGUGAAAAGUAUUUAAUGUGUCUGUGCAUGUCAGAUUUCCUGAAGGACAAGUUCAUUUUUUUUUAAACCUUGUUUUUGAAAAUCCUUUGUUGUACAGUUGUAAAUAAAGUGGUUAUACACUCA